AUGGAGGAUAUUACCAUGACCACAGACAAAGAGACACAAGAAAGAGAAAUCAAGGAUGAAAAAGGUAAGCUUAAAAGCCUCCCUUCCAUUGAGAUCAAGGUCCUAUUUUUUGCUAGGGCCCGAGACCUAACUGGCUUUACCAACACAGUUGUGUCGGUCAAGCCCGGGUGCACCACCCUCGACUGUGUAGCCGAGCUCUUCUCCAAGUUCCCAAGCUUGAGAGAGAUAAAGGAUUCUAUGGCUUUGGCUCUCAAUAAGGAAUAUGCACCAGGGAAUACCAUUUUGAAUAAUGGAGAUGAAUUGGCCAUCAUUCCACCUAUAAGUGGAGGCUAA